AUUGUUUACUACUAAUGAGCGCUUUACAUGUUAGGACCGUUGUAACAGGAUCGGUGUUAAAGAUCAAGACCGUAUCACGCAACUAACAGUUAAGAAUAUAAUAAAAUUAAUGUAACACUAAACUCCCGUUUCAAUUGCAACUGAAUCGCAUAUUUGGGCAACAAUCUAUUUUCGUCAGCCUCCAAGCUCAUUACGUGCGACAUUACGCGGUCACUGACGUUUUGAAUGAACGAGUACAUUUUUGCGGUAAGGUGUAACUUGUGUAUAAGAGAGAUUGCACGGCUAACCUCGACUUGAGUCUGGAUUGUCUGGGAGCUAACACAGAUACGCCACCGGCACCGUGAUAAAUCGGUCUCUGUCUCGAGGGAGCCGGAGAAUAACCGAAAGUAGAGUGAUAGCCGGAGGGGGCACUGGCGCAGCCUGCCGCCGCUCUCGCAGUGUGUUGCCGCCUUUACUCGCCGGAGCCCGCGCGCGCGACCGACCACGCUCCCGCCGAACGAACGCGUGACAAUCAACGCUUCCAAUUUUAAAAUAUAACGAUAAAAAAAAUAACCGGGAAUUUUAAUUCGUGAUUAAUGUUCUAAAGUUAAAAUGCUCUAAUGAAAUAGUAGCAUUCAAGUUUACAGCGACCGAUCGAGUUAUUACCGGUCGAUAUCGUGGCUGUCUAAAGCUUUCCAGGUGCAUGCUGAGUGUAUGGGAGGAUAAAAUGCGAGCUCUACUCUGUUUGCUGCUCGCUGCCAGCUGCCAUGCAGCUGACAAAAAUGAUAAUAGGCGCAACAAGCUGCCGUUUAUUGCCGACGCUGUCGGAAACUCGUUGCCACGUCCAUCGAGCGUGCCAGCUACUGUUGGCAGUCCCGUAAACUUACUGACACCCGACCGCUAUGAGUUUUACACCUUCGACGAAUCCGGAGAACUCGUCAAAAGAUUAAUGACACUUGAAGAAAUCCAAGCUAUUGUAGCUGCAGGAGAAGAAGCUGAAGGCUUGGUCACUUUUGCCAAUGAAAACCAACCAACCGUUUCCUUUAACAUGAAUCAACCUCCCUAUACAAAAGUUCAUAGCGUUGUUACAAAUGUUCAAAAUGUUCUGAAAGCUCAAAUGGAAGCUCACAAGAACAAACCACAAAUGCGACCCACGUUGGACACACCGGACGUCUCAGACUCUUGGAGUUUAAUUUUGCCAUCAAUCUUUGGUAACACUGGCGUUGACAUCGUCUUUGAUAAAAAUUCUGGAUCAGUUACUCCACCCGAAACAGACACAUAUGAAAACAGCAACAGUGCAGAAGAUGAGACUUCACUAAGCAAAGAAGGCAGCAAUGAAGUAAUCAGUAGUUCGACGACUACUGUUCAAGAGAAACAUGCAGUAACUGAGAAGUUACCUGUAAAGGUGGAAAAUAAAGAAAUACCAACAACACCUCGCACAACAACAACUACUACUACUACAACUACUACCACAACUCCUAAACCAACAACUACGACUCGGAAACCAACAAACACAACUCCUAGAGCUACUACUACAACUCGCAAAUCGACUACAACUACAACUCACAAGCCUACUACAAUUACUCAAAGACCCACCAGAACCACUCCAAGACCAACAACAACAACAAGGGCUCCUACAACCACGACAACAACUACAAAAAAAGCAAUCGUUACCUCAACAACUACGACACAACAACCAACAACUGCUAGCACUACAAAUAAACCAAGUACAACAAAACUGCCGCUGGUUAAAAUCACCAAUAAGCCUCAAACCACUACAACUUCUAAACCAACCACUGUUAAACCGGUGUUACAAACAUCAACUACUAAAUCAGAACAGUCAACAAAAAAAGAGAGCGUUAGCUUUGUAAGUAACCAAGAUUCAGAAGAAAUCAAAGUUCAAUCGAACGCUAACGACGUUUCUGCUACCGAGAAAACUGAAACUCAAUUUGAAAAAAUAAGCACCUUUAUUCCAGUGUCAACAGUAAAUUAUAUUACUGAACGUAUUUCACCGAAACCAGAAGUAACAACUAAGUCACCAAUCAUAGUGAGCACAACUAAGAGAUCUGUUGUCACUACUACAACUACUACAAAAGCACCGACAACAGAAGCAACCAAAACUCCAGCGCUGGCAACUACAAGUAGCCCAGUCAUAAGCACAUCAAACUACAUUUUAAGUACUGUGAAAGAAAGCGAAAAUGAUAAAAUAAAUGUGACAACAAUAACUACGCAAUCCGUUUCUCCGUCGACAACUAUAUCAUCCACAGAAUUUGUAUCAAAUGCUGAUGUAAAUGACCUGGGAAAUCAAUCUAAUGACGAGGAAAAUGAAAACGACAAAGACGAUGAAACUUUACUUCCAUUGUUCGAUGUUGCUCAAAGUAUAAGCCAAAUAGCUUCGGAUCUUGGUGGAAGUUACCAACCGAUACCAACAACAAGUAACUUAUUAGAUACUACGAAGGUAAAUUUAUUGGACUUAGAAAGCAAGGAAGUUUUAGAUAUGGAUAUACCAUCCGGCCCUGGCAAUGAAACAGCCAAUGAUAAUACACCGACUUCUAACGCUACUGAUGAUAAUAAUACUGAUAACUUCAUAAAGAUAACUACUUUUGAUCCACAUGUCAAAACUGAAAAUACUAACAACGAAGAAAGAGAAUCAGUAAUCAAAGGUGCAGAAAAGGAAAAAGAGGAAACAAAAGAAACUAUUGUUCAAAACCAAGACGACAAAGAAAAAGAUUCAGCACAAAAUACGGAAGGAGCUCAAAACAAUAAUUUAAUUAUAAACAACAUUAAACAAGUCGAAUUCUUGACCUCACCUGCUGCUUCUGAGGCAACUACUAUUGACCCAGUAUUAUCGGAGUCAAUGGGCGACUUAUUAUCUCAAGUAGUUAACGAGGCUCCUCAAUCCAUGGUCAAUUCUAAUCAGAAUACUAAAGAAAACGCAAAAACUACAACUACCGAGAAAAACAUCGAGGUCUCUACUCCAGAAAGUUUAGAAUCUACAUCUGAGGUGUCUAACAAAGUUAAAAAAGAGACCUCAAAAGAAGAAGUAGCUAAUGAAGAGACAGAUAAAAUCAUAACACCAGUAAAACCUGAUAAUGUGAACCUUACUGCUGACACGACGGCUGUGAGUACAGAGGAAAAAGAGGCGGAACCAUUAAAUAAUACAAAAUCAGAUGUUAUAGAAAACCCAAAUGACGUUAGAGUUGCUGAUACUAAUAAAAUUGAAGAUUCAAACCAAAACUUUGUGCAGAUCUCAGUUUCGUCUAACAAAGAUGCUGAAAAAGUUAAUGUUACAAAUGAGUCUAAAAUCAGUCCUGAGGUGGCACAACCUGAAACACCUACUGAAAUACUAGACAUCAUGAAGCAAGAGCCAACGAAAGAUGAAAUUUAUUCCAAAAAUGGAAAUAAAACGACAGUCAAACCAAAGGAAACGAACCAAUUUGAAAGCGUAGAUACCAUAAAAAAGCCUGAAGACACAACUACAUCUACCACUACUGCAGCUCCAAUAAAAAUAACGCAGUCAAAAUUAAACAAAAUUAAUUUGGGUGACAAAACUAAUAAAAAUACGGAACCACUGCCAAAAGUAGAUGACUUCAAAAAGAAAAUACAAAAGGUGAAUGAUGAGGAGGAACUCGUUAGUGAGCGUAAUAAUUCAUGGAAACUAAUCCCAACUCUUUCUCCACCAAAAGUUAAUGAAAUACCGAAAGACAAGGUUAAGUCAGACAACCAGUUUAAUCCCGAUUCCGUUGAAAACAAAGAUGUCGUACUCGAAUUUUCUACUGAAAAUCAGGGUCUGGAAGUAACUACUAGAGAUUUGGGAGAGGAUGUUACCCGUUUUUCAGAGCUUUCUAACGAAUUAGCAUUUAGAUUUUGGAAUGUCAUGGUCGAUGAAAUUGAUAAAAGGAGAAGUUUUGUCUUGUCACCUUACUCAGUAUUUUCUAUGCUAGCUAUGAUAUUCAUGGGAGCACGGGGCGCCACCUCCGGAGAAAUGAAUGAAAUUCUUAAAUUGGAUGACAUGGUAACGUUCAACCCACAUUUCACGUUGAAAAAUAUCUCUGAUUCAAUUGAAACGACACCAGAAUCAGGAGUUGCAAUUUCUGCAUUCAUAAGAGAACUCUACAGUGAUAGAAAUAAGGGCAAAAUUCUAACCUUCUACAAAGAACGAGCUCAGCAUUUUUACAAUGGUCAUGUUGAAGAAAUCAACUUUAAAUUGAUCAGCGACAUUAUCAGAAGAAGGACAAACUUACUAGUUAAGAGGUACACAUGGGGCAAGAUUCCAGAAUACAUGAAAACAAAUAACAUUGUUAUGCAACCACCGUUAGCUGCAUUUACGGCAAACAUUUUCCAGACUGACUGCUCGGGAACAUCAGUGGAUGGCAGAGAUGGUGAAAUGUACUUCGUGGUCUCCCCGAACGUUCGUCAGAGGCGCCUUGUUCCUGUGCCAGCCGUCGUAUACAAGAGCGGAUUCCUAGCUGGCUAUGAUCCAGCCUUGGACGCAACUGUAGCAGCAUUAGGAAACACCAACACAGUUGUUAGCACACUGUUCUUAAUGCCUGGCCAGCAAGGCAAUGUCGUUCACGCCGAUGAUUUAGAAAAACUUGAAGAGCGGCUCCUAGAUGCUAUCCCAACUACACCAACAUGGAACCGAGUGUUACGCUCUCUUCUCCCUAGAACUGGUUUAGAACUACAAAUCCCAAGAUUCUCACACAAGUCAACCUUCAACAUCUCGUCGAGCCUAAGAAAAAUGGGAUUGAAGGACUUAUUUGAUGGCGAUCAUGCUGAUCUAGGAGGCUUAAACGGACCUUCAAAAGAUUUGUAUUUAUCAGAUAUGGUUCAAUUGAACACUUUCGUUACUUGCGGAGAAGGUGCAGUGGGAGAACAGCAUCACAUGGAGGAGUACCCUGAUACCUUAAGUGUUUCUCAGAGGCGUCGCACCAGGUGGCUUAAUGAUUGGGACGAACCGAGAGACUACCAGAGAGCAUUCCAUGACCCGCACGAUGUCGGUGAUGCGAUGCACUUGCCGCUUCACCUGCGGCCGAGGCAGGCGCGCGUGCCGGCCAGGAGCUCCCAGCCGGCGCGGCUAAAGUUUGACCGACCUUUUCUAUACUUCGUAAGGCACAAUCCAUCUGGAAUGAUUCUGUACUUCGGCCGAUUCAACCCUCGGCUUCUCCCUUGAAGACCCAACAAAGACUGUUAGCUUAGAUUAAAUAACAUUCCUAAAAGGAAAGUGAUAGGGGAAUACUGGUGCGUGUGAUAAUGAAAGUUGUUCUAUGAGCAUUUACGUGACAGUAUUAAUAAGUGUAUAAGCACGGAGUAAGCUCGUUAAACGGUACAAUAAGCAUUGUAUGGCUCGACGUACUUCUGCUCUGUCUCAUAUCAUGUGUGUAUAAAGAAUGCUAAUGAUGAAUUAUUGUUGAAUGUAUGCAUAUAUUGUAGUUAAUCAUUAAGUAGUGUAAUUAGGUAAGUUGGCGAGGAAUAUUGUCAUUUCAUCGUCUUAAUAGUUUCAAUAUUAGAAUAAAUGCGAUGUUUCUAGUAA